UUUAAAGCUGAAACAUGGCGGCCUUUCCAACGAAGAAUCUCUUUUCCCAUGUCUUUUUCUUCGAUUACAAUUCAAAAUUCCCAAGUAAAAUCCAUCCAUGGUGUAGCAUGUCUUCCUUCAAAUUAAAUAAAUAAAUAAAUUACUUGUUCAUUAUGACAUCUUCUAUGUCUUAGGCUCCUACUUUACGCGUUUCGUUCCUCUGUCUAUCUUUUUGAUCUCUUCGUUCUUUCAUUCAUUUUUGUUGGGGGGAGGGGAUUAAAAAUGAAGAAAUCAAAAUUAUCGAAGAUAGGUAGGUUCGACUCCUUUUCCUUAGCAAAACAACGAUCCGUUCAGAUUCUGUUCAUCGUCGGUUUCCUCUACUUAGUUUUGGUUUCUGUCGAGAUCCCAUUCGUGUUUCGAACUGGGUUCAGUAAUUUGUCUCAAGAACAAUUAACACGGCUUUCCAGACUCGCAGCUGAGUUCGAUGUUCAAGAACAAGACGCGCCGACUCGUCCCUUGAACUGGGUUUCCAAAAACGCGCCAUCCCCAACUCAUCUGAGUAGUCGGUCUAGGAUCGUUUCUAAUUUGUCUUUCGAUGCUAAAUCCUUUGACCCGGGUGCGAAAGACGGGUCGUUGGAGCUCCAUAAAUCAGCAAAGGUUGCUUGGGAAGUUGGGAGAAAGCUCUGGGAAGAACUCGAAUCAGGGGAAGUUAGAAUCGACUCGGUAAUCAAGCCCAAAAAACUCAAGAACGAAUCUGAGCUCUGUAGACCUUCGGUUUCUUUAUCGGAAUCGGAGUUUUUGGCCCAGGGGAAGGUCAUGGUGCUUCCCUGCGGACUUACUUUGGGGUCCCACAUAACGGUGGUGGGGAAACCGAGAGCGGCACAUGCGGAGACAAAUUCGAGGAUAGCGUUGCUGAAGGAUGGGGAAGAUUCCGUUAUGGUUUCGCAGUUUAUGAUGGAGUUGCAGGGCCUGAAGACGGUGGAUGGGGAGGAGCCGCCGCGGAUUCUUCAUUUUAAUCCGAGGUUAAAAGGGGAUUGGAGUAGGAAGCCUGUGAUCGAGCAGAACACUUGUUAUAGGAUGCAGUGGGGAACUGCGUUGCGUUGUGAAGGUUGGAAGUCCAAGGCUGAGGAUGAGACUGUUGAUGGUCAGGUCAAGUGUGAGAAGUGGAUACGGGAUGAUAACUAUCGUUCUAAGGAAUCUAAUGCAACAUGGUGGUUGGAAAGGUUAACAGGUCGAACAAAGAAGGUGAAUGUUGACUGGCCUUUCCCAUUCACCGAGGGCAAGCUUUUUGUCUUGACUCUUGGUGCUGGUUUGGAGGGAUACCAUGUUAAUGUUGAUGGGAGGCUUAUUACUUCUUUUCCUUACCGGACUGGGUAUACUCUUGAGGAUGCUACUGGACUAACAUUGAAUGGAGACAUUGAUGUCCACUCUAUAUUUGCGGCAUCUUUGCCUACAUCACAUCCUAGUUUUUCUCCUCAAAAGCAUCCUGAGAUGUCCAAUAGAUGGAAGGCUCCACCACUUCCUGAGCGACCUGCGGAUCUGUUUAUUGGUGUACUUUCAGCAGGCAAUCAUUUCGCUGAGCGAAUGGCUGUGAGGAAGUCUUGGAUGCAGCACAAGUUUGUUAAAUCUUCAAGUGUAGUUGCUCGUUUCUUUGUGGCGAUGAAUACAAGAAAGGAAGUGAACGUAGAACUGAAGAGAGAAGCAGAAUUUUUUGGAGAUAUCGUCAUUGUGCCAUAUAUGGACAACUACGACCUUGUCGUGUUAAAAACUGUUGCAAUCUGUGAAUAUGGGGCUCGUGUAGCCGCUGCCAAGUAUAUAAUGAAGUGCGAUGAUGACACAUUCGUGAGAGUAGAGGCAGUUCUUAAUGAAGCAAAGAGAGCACAUAAUGAUCGCAGUUUGUAUAUUGGAAACAUCAACUAUUACCACAAGCCCUUACGCUCUGGUAAAUGGGCAGUAACAUAUGAGGAGUGGGCAGAGGAUGCUUAUCCGCCGUAUGCUAACGGGCCAGGCUACAUAUUGUCAUCCGACAUUGCUCACUUCAUCGUCUCUGAAUUUGAAAAGCACAAUUUAAGAUUGUUCAAGAUGGAAGAUGUGAGUAUGGGGAUGUGGGUGGAGAAAUUCAACAGCACAAAAGAGGUGGAUUAUGUACACAGUUUGAAGUUCUGCCAAUUCGGGUGCAUAGAAGAUUAUUAUACAGCUCAUUACCAGUCUCCAAGACAGAUGAUGUGCAUGUGGGACAAGUUGCAAAAGCAGACAAGGCCUCUAUGUUGUAAUAUGAGAUAGUCUCCCUUUUUUGUAAUAAAUAUUUGAUAAACAUUCUUGGCAUUACUCUAAAUUUUGCACUUCGUAAAAUUUGGAUCUAUUUUUUUAUCCAUAUUAUUAUUAUUAA